UCGAAACUAUUACAUUCUCAACCUCAUUGAAUAUCCCACAAGACCAUAAGCCAUUACAAAGCUAAGAGUCUAAGACCAACCAAAUUUCCUUAUCUCUAAACCCUCCAUGGCUAUGGCAACUCAAGCUUCCCUCUUCACCCCACCUUUCUCUGCUUCAAAAUCAUCAACCUUGUCCUUCACUACUCCUAAGACACUCAAAUUCUCAGCCCCAAAGCGCACAACAAUUAAGGCAAGUACAGAUGCACCCACAAAGAAAGAGGCACCAGUGGGGUUCACACCACCACAAUUGGACCCAAGCACCCCAUCACCAAUCUUUGGAGGCAGCACUGGAGGGUUGUUACGUAAAGCCCAAGUCGAAGAAUUCUAUGUGAUCACAUGGGAAUCUGGAAAGGAACAAGUUUUUGAGAUGCCAACAGGUGGUGCAGCCAUAAUGAGGCAAGGUCCUAACUUGCUCAAAUUGGCUAGGAAAGAGCAGUGCUUGGCUCUUGGGUCAAGGUUGAGGUCUAAGUACAAGAUCAACUACCAGUUUUACAGGGUGUUCCCUAAUGGAGAGGUCCAAUAUUUGCACCCCAAGGAUGGAGUCUACCCUGAAAAGGUGAACCCAGGUCGCCAAGGAGUUGGGCUGAACUUAAGGUCAAUCGGUAAGAACGUGAACCCAAUUGAGGUCAAGUUCACUGGCAAGCAAGUGUAUGACUUGUGAGGUGUAGCUUUAUUUUGAUGUUUUUGUGAUGUAUUUAUGUUUCUAUGUGACUAUUGUUGAUGUUUGUACGUUUAUUUUGUUUUUCAAUUUGCUACGUCAAAGACAAAUAUAUAUUGAAUUGUUGUUUGUCUAA